UUUGGUAAGCCAUUUGUAGUGUAUAAGUACACUAAAGCACACCAAAGUACACAAAAAGUUGGUACACUUGCAGAUAAAUCGUCUGCUAUACUGCCCGAAGUGACUACAUGAGAUAGCUAUUGCACAGCAGUUACUUAUAGGAUACUGCAAUCGGAUCGGAAAAGGACGGAUGAUGCCAUCUAUUCACGCAAAAAAUAUUUGAAACAUUUCUUUGUACGAUUCAGUUGUACGAGCAAACGAAAGAAAGCGACAUGGAAAUACAAGAGAAAAGGGAAGUACCAUCAUUGCUGAAAAAGAUUUUAGCAAUUGACGCCUACAUAAGUAAUGCCUUUGUUAAUCGAGUAGAACACUUUUUACCUCUGAAACAACUAAAAAUACAUUACAGAGCUCUGGAGAUAUCAUGUCAUGGUAUAGUAUGGCUUGUAACUACUCUCAUGUUUAUCUGGGUUUUGGCUAACAAAAAUUACUAUCAGUUGCAAGUAAACCUUUUUAUAGGAUUGAUACUCGACAUCAUUCUGGUAGCUGUAUUAAAGGCAAUAACAAGAAGGAGACGUCCUUCGACCAACGACGAUAUUUUCUGUAUAGGUCCUGAUAAAUAUUCUUUUCCGUCUGGGCAUGCAUCGCGAGCAACAUUUAUUGUAUAUACCUUCAUCUAUUUGUGGCCUGUAGCUUUGUUAUGUGUACCAUCUUUGCUAGCAUGGUCUUUUUCUAUAUCCAUGUCCAGAAUUUUGAUGAGAAGACAUCAUAUACUUGAUGUUCUGGCAGGUAUAGCACUUGGUAUUUUUGAAGGCCUGUUAAUAGGAUAUAUAUAUUUAGAACAAGAGACUUGUGUGAAUUUGGUUUCAUGGAUCACUGAUGAAAAAAUGUCUGGAGCAGAGUAUGAUGUUUGAAUACAGUUAUCUCUUAUAGCACUUAUCAUUUUUAUUAUAAAUAAUCUAAAGAUAUUUAACUUUGUAUUAUGUAAUAUAUACUCAUAUGUUUAUGAUCAAUUUAAACAUAAUAGCCUCAUAAAGAUGAAAAAAUAGAAUGUGUGAUUAUAAGAUGAUGUGAUAGACUGACUGACGAUUGUUAUUUUGUAAAUUCGUUGAAUAUUAUGAAAUAAACCGACAAAUUUUUAAUCCUUA